AUGCCUUCCACAAUCUUCACCAUCGCGACCGUCGUCGCCGGCCUGCUCGCCUCGACUGCGUCUGCCAAGGGCAAUGUCGCCAUCUACUGGGGUCAGGGUGCGAACCAGAAGGAGCUCAGUGUAGUUUGCAGUGACCCCAGUGUCGACAUUGUCAACAUAGGGUUUGUCAACGGAUUUCCCAAAUCUCGCAACGAGUACCCAGCCACAAACUUCGGAAACGCCUGUGGGCCUGGAUACUUCACCAACCCUGACGGCACAGAGAGCCGUUUCUUGAGCAACUGCCCCAUCAUCACACGCGGUAUCAAGGUCUGCAAGAGCAACGGCAAGAAGGUUCUGUUGUCUCUUGGUGGUGGCUACCCUCCGGACUACUACCUUGACAACGUCGACGCAUACAAGUGGUUUGCGGAGACCCUGGUAGGCUCCUUCGGCCCCUACAACCCCAGCGCCUCGUGGCCUCGUCCUUUUGGCGAUGCUGCUGUUGAUGGCUUUGAUCUCGACAUCGAGUCGACAUCCGGCCAGGGCAACUACCAGUGGCAGCUGUACGGCGAUUUUGUCAACUACCUCAAGAAGCAGAGCCCUGGCAUGCUGAUCUCCGCCGCUCCUCAGUGCAUUGUUCCCGAUUCUCACCUUGACGACGCUAUCUACAGGGCACCCUUUGAUUACAUCUUCACGCAGUUCUACAACACUGACCAGUGCUCUGCUAAGCUUGGCUACCAGCAGCUUGGCCAGGCCUCUACCGGCUUCACCUACAACGCUUGGGCCGACAGGCUUCAGAAGAGGUCCAAGAACCCUAACAUUAAGCUGUACAUUGGUCUUUCUGCCGGCCUCAACGGAGCAAACCCCAACCACUACCUGAAGCCGGAGGAAGCCAACGCCCUGAUUACUGCGUACCAGAACAAGCCUUUGUUUGGCGGAGUCAUGCUUUGGGAGGCUACUGUUUCCCAGAACAAUACUGUCUACGGCCAGUCCUACUCCAACUGGAUCAAGUACAGUCUUGACGGCACAUUCAAGGACAAGUACAAGCCCGUCGUUUCAUCCACCAUCAGGUCUUCUUCCACUCUUGUCUCGUCCACCAGGACCAGCACCGUCAUCUCCAAGACGAGCACCCCUGUGUCCUCCAAGACCAGCUCCGCCGUCACCUCCAAGUCUAGCUCUGCUGUCGUCUCCAAGAGCAGCUCUAUCGCCCCUUCGACUAAGAGCUCCUCGGUCGUUGUCAGCUCUACCGUCAAGCCUUCCAGCACACCCGCAGCUUCGUCCAGCUACCCUGCGUCCAGCUCUGUUGCAUCGUCGAGCUCAUACCACGCCUCUAGCUCCGCUGUUGUCUCGUCGUCCAGCAUUUACGUCUCGGCUUCCAGCUCUGCUCUUCCCAGCUCCGCCGUUUCUAGCUCUGUUGCCUUCAGCUCUGUUGCCUCCAGUUCUGCUGCUUCCAGCUCUGUUGCCUCCAGCUCUGUUGCCUCCAGCUCUGUUGCCUCCAGCUCUGUUGCCUCCAGCUCUGUUGCCUCCAGCUCUGUUGCCUCCAGCUCUGUUGCCUCCAGCUCUGUUGCCUCCAGUUCUGCUGCUUCCAGCUCUGUUGCUGUCUCGUCGUCCAGCAUCUACGUCUCGGCCUCCAGCUCUGCUGCUUCCAGCUCUGCUGCUUCCAGCUCUGCUGCCUCCAGCUCUGUUGCAUCCAGCUCCGUUGCUUCCAGCUCCGCUACUGUCUCGUCAUCUAGCCUCUACGUUCCAGCAUCCAGCUCUGCUUCUUCCAGCUCGAUCUACGUCAGCAGCUCGUCGGUUUCUGUUCACGUCAGCUCCUCUUCGGUAGAGUACUCUGCCAGCUCGUCCUCGGUUGCAUCUUCCGAGACUUCCAGCAUCCAGUAUUCCGGCUACUUCUCUGCUACUUUGCCCACUGUGACUCCUAGCGCCAGUUCUGCCUCCGUCAGCCCCAGCAUUGUCUACCCCGAAGACGUUUCUUCCACCGCUGUUCACUCCAGCUACUCUGCCGAUGUCAUCAGCAGCGCCUCCAGCGAAUACGAGGCUUCUUCCACUCUUGCCGUUUCCAGCAGCGCCUCUGACUACUACAGCAGCUCCUCGAGCGCUACCCCUGUCGUCUCCAGCUCCGUCUCUGAGUACUACUCCAGCUCCUUGAGCUCUACUCCUGCUGCUUCAGAGUCUACCCCUGUUGCCUCAGCGUCCGAGUCUGCGUCCGACUACUCUGCUUACCCAGUUUCGAGCAGCACUGCUGACUACGAAGUCUCCAGCUCCAGCCUUCCGGCCGAUGCCUCGUCUACUCCUUGCACCACCUCGACUGAGCUGUACCCCGAGUCCUCCAAGACUCCUGAGGCGUCGUCUUCUGCUUCUGAGUACGCAAGCUACUCUACGUCUUCUAUCGCUUCUGCCACCGAGUCUUCCAAGACUCCUGAGGCUUCCUCCUCGGCAUCUGAGUACGUAAGCUACUCUACGUCUUCCAAGGUUUACGAGGCUUCUUCCGUCGCCUCUGCCACCGAAUCUACCAAGACCCCUGAGGCUUCUGCUUCUGCUUCGUCUGAGUACUCUACUGGUUACUCCGCCAGCUCCACCACUCCCGCCGAGGCUUCGUCUACUCCUUGCACCACUUCGACCGAGCUGUACCCGGAGUCCUCCAAGACUCCCGAGGCUUCGUCUUCUGCAUCUGAGUACAUCUCCUACUCCGAGUCCUCCAAGACUCCCGAGGCUUCGUCUUCUGCAUCCGAGUACAUCUCCUACUCCGAGUCCUCCACAGUCCCCGAGGUUUCCAGCAAGGCUUCGUCGGAAUACUCUGUCCAGUACCCGACCGAGACGCCCGUUGACUCUACCAAGACUCCAGAGGCAUCGUCCAAGGCUUCUGAAUACCCCAGCGAGUACUCCACCGCUUACCCGGUUGUCUCUUCCUCUUCCGUUGCUGAGGUCUCUUCCAAGGCUCCUGAGUACCCUGUAGAGUACCCGACCGCUUCCCAGGUUGCCUCCACCAAGACCCCUGAGGCGUCGAAGGCAUCCGAGUACGAGAUACACAGCACUGCGACCCCGACCGUCACCAAGCCGGCUGAGAGCACCACCACGGUCGUCACGACCACCUACGUCGACACGUGCUCCACCGGCCUGACGACCAAGACCACCGUCAUCACCAAGACAGUCUGCGACGCGUGCACAAAGCCGUCGGACAAGCCCGAGGCCGACUACCCCAAGGACUGGACCACCAGCGUCUACGUCUCCAAGACGCUGACCGUCACAAUCACCAAGCCCAUCCACCCAGCCACCGACGUCCCAGGGUACCCAACUCCAACCGUGGUCGCCGAGCAGCCCACGGCCCCGAAGCCGUCCACCCCCGCGGCCGAGUACCCGGUCGACAAGGCGGAAGUCCCCUCGUACGAGACGCCGGCCAAGUCCUCUUCCGCCGGCGCCUACGAAGGCACGAAGCCAUCUCCCAAGCCCUCGGUGCCCUCCUACCCAGAGGACGCCACCAUCACGCUCUCGCGGUACGUCACCCUGACCAAGGUCGCGACGCCGGCGGCCUACACCCCCGUCGCGCACGCCUCGCCUGUCCAGCACCAGGGCUACCCUGUCGGCAUCAGCAACGGCACCGUGCCCUCUGGCACCGGCGCUGUCAAGCCGUCUGCUACGGGAACUGGAAAGCCUGUCCAGCCAUCCGGGUACGCGACUCCGGAGUUUGAGGGCGCGGCUAGCAAGUUGAACGUUGGGCUGGCUGGCGUUGUUGGUGUCGUUGGUGUUGCUUUCUUUGUUCUGUGA